AACACAGAUGGUGUAAAACAAUAGCGCAAUUUCUCAGCAGUCAUCAGACCCACCAGAAUCAAGAGGGACAGAGUGGACAGUGACUAGCUAUUGGUUGUGCUACAAUAUACAAAUAUAUAUGAUCAGAUUCAAAAACUAGACAGAAACAUCAAUGAACAACAGUUAACUGUGGAAAUGCGCUCUUUAAGUUUUCUUUACAAGUGUUUGAUGGUGUCAGUCUCUUUAACAGGGCUGGUCCAAUGUUCCAAUCAUGAGACCCGUUUGGUGAAAAUGCUCUUCGCUGACUACAAUAAACUGGUUCGUCCAGUAGACGAUCACCGGGACGCUGUCGUCGUCGUAGUCGGGCUCCAGCUGAUUCAGCUCAUCAGUGUGGAUGAAGUGAAUCAGAUAGUAACAACCAAUGUGCGCCUGAAACAGCAAUGGAAAGAUGUUAAUUUAAACUGGAAUCCAGAUGACUAUGGUGGGAUUAAAAAGAUUAGAAUCCCUUCUGCUGAUAUCUGGCGCCCUGACCUGGUUCUUUACAACAAUGCUGAUGGUGAUUUUGCGAUCGUUCAUGAGACUAAAGUUCUUCUGGAAAGCAACGGCAUGAUCACUUGGACGCCUCCAGCUAUUUUCAAGAGCUACUGUGAGAUUAUAGUGACACACUUUCCAUUUGAUCUGCAAAACUGCAGUAUGAAGCUGGGAACCUGGACGCAUGAUGGCACAUCAGUUAUAAUCAACCCGGAGAGUGAUCGGCCAGACUUAAGCAACUUCAUGGAAAGUGGGGAGUGGGUUAUGAAAGAUUACCGCGGCUGGAAGCACUGGGUUUAUUACGCCUGCUGUCCUACCACACCUUACCUGGAUAUCACCUACCAUUUCCUGAUGUUGCGACUACCUCUCUACUUCAUUGUCAACGUCAUCAUCCCAUGCCUGCUUUUUUCAUUCCUGACUGGCCUGGUAUUUUAUCUUCCCACAGAUUCUGGUGAGAAGAUGACCCUGAGUAUAUCUGUCUUGCUGUCCCUGACUGUGUUUCUUUUGGUUAUUGUGGAGCUCAUUCCUUCAACCUCCAGCGCGGUGCCGUUAAUUGGGAAAUAUAUGCUGUUCACCAUGGUGUUUGUCAUCGCAUCCAUCAUCAUUACAGUGAUCGUAAUUAAUACCCACCACCGCUCCCCCAGCACUCAUACCAUGCCACAGUGGGUACACAAGAUCUUUAUUGACACCAUUCCAAACAUCAUGUUCUUCUCCACCAUGAAACGGCCCUCAAGAGAGAGACAGGCAAAGCAUUUCUUUGCCGAGGACAUUGACAUCUCAGAUAUUUCUGGAAAACCUGGUCCUGCCUCUGUCACUUUCCAGUCACCACUCACCAAAAACCCUGAUGUGAAAAGUGCAAUAGAAGGAGUCAAAUACAUUGCAGAAACAAUGAAGUCUGACCAAGAAGCCAAUAACGCAGCUGAAGAAUGGAAGUUUGUGGCAAUGGUGCUUGAUCACAUUCUGCUUUGUGUCUUCAUGUCUGUCUGUGUCAUCGGGACAUUGAGUGUGUUUGCUGGUCGUCUAAUUGAACUCAAUCAGCAGGGAUAGGAAGGCUGGCAUGGUCAAGCAGUUGGGUUAAUGUAAACUGAAUGUGAUCUAUUUAAAAGGUCUACUUGUGCAUGGAAAUAAACAUGUUUAGAUACUACGUUAGUAAACAGAAAAAUACACACUUAAAAGUGUUAGUGUUGUUCAAAAACUGUGCACAAGUUCAUGCCAAUAUGCCUUCACAUACUAUAUCAAUCCACAAUGAUCUCAAAGGAAGGUUAUAAUUAACAUGCAAUUACCUAUUUGAAAUAAAUGACAAUUAUAAAACACUGACUUAAAAGACUGCUACAGAAAUCAAAUAUGUCAUCUGAAAAACUCGAAUGCAAGGCAGCCCUGAAUUAACUGCACAAAACCCGUACAGCUGCCAGUGCAUUCAAUGCUUUAACACUGUCUUCUCGUAAAACGGUGGCACCAAAGAUGUUGAUACCUGUCUCUCUCUCUCUCUUUUUUAAUGUUUCUUUUUUUUGUAUUUACCAAAACAGUGAUGCGAUGUUUAAUGAAAUACUUUUACCUAUAGCACACACUGGACUGUCAAAGAUUAUUGUUCAGCCUUGCCUUGUAAUGCAAUUAUCAAAACUGAUCUUUUUAUACAAGGGGACAAGGUUUUUUAUUUAUUUAUUUUUAAAACAAUUUUAGAUAAUACUGUAAAUUAUAAUAUUGCUUUAUAAACACCCUGCAGGUGAAAAUCAUUUCUGCUUGACAUUGUAAAAGCUUUAUAACCGUCACAACGGAUUUUCUCUAUAACGGUGUAUGCAGUGAUUAUAACAUGUUAUGACGUUAAUGUAUUUUUUCAUUUUUAUUAUGGUUUCAUGAAGGUACAUAUUGUGGACGUCAAAUAAUGUCUUGCUGACAAUAACAUACGGUUGCAGGACUCACUACUGAGUCGCUGCUUCUGUGGGCAUCUUUUAAUGUCACAUUAAAUCUGACAACCAACGUAAUUCAAAACGCAUUUCCUGUGUUAAUACUACAAGAACAUUGGGGGUUUGGUCCAAAUGAAGUCAACUAAAUUUGCUACCUGUUACUUUGCACUGAUUUGCACUGUGUUCUGUGCAUACAGAUAAGUCAUAUUUGAAGAAAAACCUAAGAAAUAAACUUAUUCAGUAAACUAGCGUCUUCAGUAAACCUCGCUGGUUUGUAAGCGUGCACGUUUAAACACGUUUUCACACGUUUUCUUUGGGACUUUCCCCGCGUUGGACACAAUAAACCGCCAAACAGAAAACACCUACGAGCUGUGAAACUACAAUAAGCAAUUAAAUUAUUAUAAUUGUGAUGCAGCCGAUUUCAGAAUCAACACUUUUGUUUGAAAGCCUACUUUUCCAGUGUGCCCUUGCUUGUGUGCUGUUUUGUUUUUCAGUUGUCCCGCGUUAUACCGACCCCCUUUAUAACGGCACUCUCGCAUACCGCCAGCUAUUCUCUGAACAAAUGUAACCAGUAUAAAAACAGUGCUAUUUGUACCAGUUAUAUCACCAACCUGCUGUCCGCCACCCGCCACUUUCCCAAGCUAAGCAAACGUAAAGCAUUGUAGUUUCCCCGCAUUGUAGCGCCUACGAAAUAACCAUGACCUAUUAAAACAACAAAGUUAUGCAGUUAACCUUUGACUCGCUUUUCUAAUUCGUACAAAAUGGCGAGUCUAUCCUAAAGUUAACACCAAAGCAAAAGACACAAAUCUGCAUGUAUGCAUCUGAAAAUAAGAAAGCAUGGCAUCACAAAUGUUUUCUCGCCUAAGUGAGGCAUGUACUGGUAAUCGAAGGAACAAUCGGAGACAUUCUAAUGGAUUAAAAAAUACUGGUUAAGCUUGAUGGAACGGGUCGAUUUGUUUAACCUGAAAAAGGCUUGACGCAGUCUAAAAUAAGCGACUUUUUAUAAACCAUAGUAAAUGGUUUAUAAUAGUAAUAGGUUUGUUUACGUGGAUGUUUUGCACAAAUAAGGCUGGCUUAAACUAAAUCAUCAGUUUUGUAAAGAGCAGAAGUUGUGUUUUUUUUGUUUUUUUACUUUUCGUUUUUAAAAAAGUGUUUGCCUGUAC